AUGCGCUAUUCACACUUCCUCCUCCUUUUUACACCCCCUCUCGCCUUGGGCAAACUAUGUCUCAUCCAAGGACCUGCCUUCCCAGCCCCUAAGGAAGUAGCCAGCCGCUCAUCUUUCAUACAAGCAAAGAACCUGCUGCUCAAUACUCUCGACAAGGCAGUCCAUAUAUCAAAUGCAGGUGAAGUAUCAGGUGUCGACCCGGCCUCAAUUUCGUUCAGUCUCCAGGUCUUCAACACAAAGAACGAUCAACCACUGCUUGAAUACUACCAUACCGCACCCUCCAUUCAGAAUAGUACGGUAGGGGUGAGAAAGGUUGACGAGGACACUGUAUUUCGAAUCGGCAGCGUAUCUAAGCUAUGGACGGUCUUGCUGCUCCUGAUUGAGAAGGGCGAUGCGUCCUUCAGCGAGCCUGUUGCCAAAUAUGUCCCGGAGCUGCGCGAUGCAGCAAAACAGCUCAGGCAUAACGCCACCAUGCGAGGUGAUAAGAUUGACCAUCUCCGCUGGGAUGAAGUCACAAUAGGGGAGUUAGCAAGUCAUAUGGCUGGGAUUAUCAGAGAGUAUGCCUCUGUCGAUAUUGCAGCCCUCUCUGCUUCAACGCCCGAGGGAUUCCCUGGGCUUCCAAAGUCUGAUAUACCACCGUGUGGUACGAAGGCUGCAUGCACUCGGUCUGAAUUCUUCGAUGGCAUCCUAAAAAGCCAUCCGAUACUCUACACUAGCUCGACACCUAUCUACUCUAACCCCAGCUUUCAGAUCCUCGGGUAUGCCCUCGAAGCCAUGACAAACCAAACCUACCAGUCUCUCCUCCAAAGGGACUUGAUAAAUCCCCUCGGUCUAUCGCGGUCGAGCUACGGCAAGCCAGAAGACGAUAUAGCUAUCAUUCCAGGACCCGCCACAAGCAGCUUCUAUGGUGUAGACGCCGGCGGCGAGACCGCCGCGGGUGGCCUCUACUCAUCAGCCAGAGAUAUGUCAACCAUCGGUCGAGCAAUCCUGAACGGCACUCUCCUCCGUCCUUCCCUAACAAGACGAUGGAUGAAGCCCCGCGCUCACACCUCCAGCCUUGAAGUCUCCGUCGGUGCUCCAUGGGAAAUCUACAAAUUGACCAGCCCCCGACUGAUCGACUUAUAUACCAAAUCAGGGGACCUGGGCAUGUACUCCUCCAUGCUUGCCCUAUCCCCAGAGCACAGCCUCGGCUUCACAAUCCUCGCCGCAGGCGAAUCGACCACCCAAGCCGUCGCCCUCAUAACAGACCUAACCAUCAACACACUGAUCCCAGCGCUCGAAAACGCAGCCAGAGAGGAGGCCAAGACACAGUUCGCAGGCGAGUACUCUUCCGGGAAUGCGUCCAUCAAAAUCACCACGGACGACCAACCCGGCUUGAAGGUUAUCGAAUGGACCAAUGAGUCUGUGGAUAUGAUGCAGCUCCUAGUUGCGAAUCUGGGGUUGCAAAAUGCCUCGCAUCUCAGCGUUCGUUUGUAUCCCUCUGGACUGACGGCACAGGGGCGGGUUGGCUUCCGGGCUGUCUUCCAGGAUGUUUCUGAGGGGGAUAAGGGAAUUGGGCCUGUUACGCGGGCUUGCACUACUUGGACUUCUGUGGAUAGUAUUAUAUAUGGGAAUGUGGGUGCUGAUGAGUUUGUGUUUAGGGUUGAUGGGCGUGGGAGGGCUGUGAGUGUUUCUCCGAGGGCUUUGCGUGUUGAGAUCCCUAGGGUUGGUGAGUAA